CCCCCUUGGAUCUGGCAGCCACUCACCCUGCAGGGCGCAGGGGAGGCGCUGCGCCCCCGGCCCCAGCUGAUCCGGGGCUCCCGGCGCCGGCCUCCCUCCAGAACGCCGCAGGAGUACCUCCUGCCGUCUGACUCGAGUCCCUGCUGCUGCAGUGCACGCCCCUUCGGCAGCCAGGGUGGGGCCCAGAGGGAACCUGGCCCCUCCCGCCCCCACCUCGCCUUUGGGUCGAUGACUCCCAGGCUGUGGUGAGGGUCCCGGAGCCAGCACCACGGAGCCCGGGCGACCUCCUCCACCCACCCAUGCCCACCCCGCAUGAGACUGAGAAGCAGCACGUAGGGCCAGAGGAGGCAGACCAGCCCCCCUCGAUGUCCAGUCAUGACGCGGCCCCUCCGGCUGCCCCCAGCCGCAACCCCUGCUGCUUGUGCUGGUGUUGCUGUUGCGGCUGUUCCUGGAAUGAAGAGCGGCGGCGAGCAUGGCGGGUCUCCCGGGAGAACAAGCUGCAGCCUCUCCCCAGUUGUGAGGCAUGCGCCACGCCGAGCCCUGAGGAGGUGCGGAGCUGGGCGCAGUCCUUCGACAAGCUGAUGCACAGCCCAGCGGGACGAAGCGUGUUCCGGGAGUUCCUGCGCACGGAGUACAGCGAGGAGAACAUGCUCUUCUGGCUGGCCUGUGAGGAGCUCAAGGCUGAGGCCAACCAGCACGUGGUGGACGAGAAGGCCAGGCUCAUCUAUGAGGACUACGUGUCCAUCCUGUCCCCCAAGGAGGUGAGCCUGGACUCCCGAGUGCGAGAAGGCAUCAACAAGAAGAUGCAGGAGCCGUCCGCACACACAUUUGACGAUGCACAGCUGCAGAUCUACACACUCAUGCACCGGGACUCCUACCCCCGCUUCCUCAGCUCCCCCACCUACCGUGCCCUGCUGCUCCGGGGGAGCUCCCAGUCCUCCAGUGAGGCCUAGGCUGCCCAUCACAGCGGCACAGACACGGGACCCCUCCAGUGGGCAAAAGACUGGGUUGCCUGCACAAGCGUGUGUGAGCAGGUGUCCGGCACACCGCAGGGGCCCAGCACCCGAGGGCAGUCCCAGACUGGAGCCCCCUCUCUACCCAAGGGACCUAGUACCCUGAGGUCCCGCUAAGAGGCAGGUGUGAGGGCCUCUGGGACCAGGCGGCCCCUCCCCAACCAGCUCCCCGCUGGCUGGCCAAGUGCUUCUGCUGGGGCUCCUGCUUGGGGAGAGGGACCCUCCCAGGAGUUCUCAUGGACCCAGCAGCUUCACUUGGGCCUCCUCCCCAGGCAGCCGGGGACCUUGAGAAAUGCCUCUGAUGGGAAGCAGGGCCUCUGUAUUGUCUAGUUGGGACGUGAGGAAACUCUCCGAUUCAAGCUGUCUGCACCCAGAUCGGAACCAGAACCUCAGAACUAGGCUUGAGGCAACAGGAGCCAGUUUCUUUUUUAUAUUUUCAUUAAUUUUAAACCUGGAAACAUGUCCUUACUGUAUUUUAUCAAAAAAAGAAAAUGUUUUCAUAUUUA